AUGCGCGGCGGCGGCGCGGCGCAGCGCGCAGGCGCGGGGCGGUCCGCCAUGGCGGCCGAGCCAGAGGCCUUCCUGGUGCCGCCGCCGCCGCCGCCUCCUUCUUCAUCUUCCUCCGCUGCCGCAGCCCGGGAGGAGGAAGAAGCUUCUCCCGCCGCCGAGGCCCCGCGGCCGCGCAACGGCUUUCGGUCGGCGGGAGGAGGGAAGCGUCGCAGCAGCUGCGGGGCCAAGCAACCGGCCUGGAAGCGGCGUCGCCGGGCGGCCUCGGAGUGCGGCCCGGUGCUUCCCUCCGAGUUCCUGCUGGGGGGGAACAUCUUCGACCCCUUAAACCUCAACAGUCUCCUGGACGAGGAGGUGAGCCGGGCCCUCAACGCCCGCACCCCGCAGUCCUCCCCCCUCCCCGCCCGCGGCCGCGACCCCGUCGAGAUCCUGGUCCCUCGCGACAUCACCGACCCCCUCAGCCUCAACGCCCCCGGCGAGGGGCUGCGCUUGGCUUCCCCCGCCAAAACCGCUCGCCGCCGCCACCGUCACCGCGGCCAGCAGCGAGCCGCCGCCGCCGCCGCCGUCACCGCUGCCGCCGACGAGGCCGCCUGCCCUCACGCCCUCCCCGCCGCCGCCGCUGCCGCCACCCCGCCGCCAUGCGCCGCCGCCUGCCCCGCCUCCGGCCGCCAUCGGAAACGUCGACGGACUUGCAGUAAAUCAGAAGGAACCCGCCCCCCUCCGGAAAAACCCAAACCCCCCGGAAAAAUCCCGCAGCAGCAACAACAGCGCCAACGUCGCCAAGUUCGGAAGUUCCAGUACGGCAAUUAUUGCAAAUAUUAUGGUUACCGGAACCCCGACUGCGAGGACGGGCGGCUGCGAGCCAUGCGCCCCGAGUGGUUCGCGGGGAAGGAGGUGUUGGACGUGGGCUGCAACGUGGGACACCUCACCCUCAGCAUCGCCAAACGUUGGGGACCCGCCCGGGUGGUGGGGUUGGACAUUGACGGGGGGUUGAUCCGUUCGGCGCGGCAGAAUAUCCGGCAUUAUCUGUCGGAGGAGAUCCAAGCGGAAGCGGCUGGAGCAGGAGGGGGGAACGGCGGCGGCGGAGGAGGAGGAGGGGGGGGACGGAAGGGUUUUCCCGCCGCGCUCCUGGCCAGUCGGGGUCCCAUCGCCGCCCCCCGCCUGCCCCCCGACGGGCCCGGGGCCGCCGAUUUCCCCCACAACGUCGUUUUCGUCACGGGGAACUACGUGCCGGAGCGGGAGGAGGCGGUGGCGGCGCAGCGCCCCGAGUUCGACGUGGUGCUCUGCCUCUCCCUCACCAAGUGGGUGCAGCUCAACUGGGGGGAUGAGGGUCUCAAGCGGCUCUUCCGUCGCGUCUACCGGCACCUCCGACCCGGGGGGCUGCUGCUCCUCGAACCCCAACCCUGGGCCUCCUACCGCAAGCGCAAGGGGCUGACGGAGACGACCUACAGGAACUACCAGCGGAUCCGGCUGCGGCCCGAGCAGUUCCCCUCCUACCUGACCUCCCCCGAAGUGGGGUUCGACAGCUACGAGUUGUUGGGUACCCCCCAACACGCCGCCAAAGGCUUCCAGCGGCCCAUCUAUCUCUUCCACAAGGGACGAGGCGACGCCCCCUGAGCCCCCCCUGUGCCCCCCAAGUGUGGGGGGGACCCCACCGC